AUGUCCUGUAAGAAUCACACUGCGUGGUUGCAGCUAGCAACAAGCUCCUCAGCUUCCAAGCCUUUAAUAACAGUAAACGAUACCUCCCAGCUAGAGCAUAUUAUCAACACUCUUCCCGAUAGUGCAACGCAGACUCCAAGUCUUCUACUCUUCUUGGGAAAAGGGCACAAGAAUGUCGCAUUACGUCACCUGUUCCCCCAUAAUAAUUUCCGGAAACCUCAGUCAGACAGCUUUCUUGGGAUUAGGGUCGAAACGACGUCAAGGACAUGCCAAAGCCCCAUCAUUUUUGCCGACGGUUAUUUCACUGAGCAUAUAUUAGCACAGCAGAAACCCGCAUCUUGCCAUAAGUCUACUGCGCAUGUUGUAAACUGGCCAUGCACCGAACACCAGACCAUAAUGGACGCUUUGCUGUCCCGUGUAGUGCUGCCGUUCGUUAGUGUUUUAACGAUUUUUGUCGACGAUUGCGACGCGUUAGAAGACAUCCGCACUUUUUUGACACAGUGGGAUAUCUUAAGUUCGACUUUUCCUAAAAGGAUCCGCGCUCGUCUCAUCGUCGUAUCCUCUCAAAAAGAUCAAACGGGUCUUCGAAAAAUUUGCGCUGGACUUCUCAACAACACCAAGCUCUUCUCUCAAAUUACCACCUUCAUUAUUGAUGAACGUCUUUCUCAGCUAGCUAGACACCGCCCUUUGAAAGAAGAAAUUUUACGGCAAACUGAUCAAGUCAAAAAUGAGCUUCGUCAGCAUUGCUGGUUAUUCAGCGCUCGGCACCUUAAUGCCCUUAUCAAAGCAGCGCUCGCGCAUAGCACAGUGUCUCUACAGGACCCAUUUUACAUAGUUCAAGCCACGCGAGUAAAUCACUCCCUCAAUGGUAGUCAAGAUCACAUUAGUACUAUCAUUAAAGCAGGAAGAGAGGGAAUGAUAAUGUAUGAGGAUAUUAUUAGAUUCCUCGCUUCCAGCUUCUUUAUGGACGCAUAUCCCGCAGGCGGACACAGCUUCGCACCACGACACUUAUAUCGAUUAUUGUAUCGCCCUUCAUUCAUUAAGGCAUCGUCUGAAGCAUUUAAUGAAAGCAUGGGGGAGUAUCAAAGUCGCCGAGUGGAGAAGCACUUUUGUGCACUUUUUAAGUCAUUAAAAACCGUCCCAGCGAGUAGCAGUCGUACUGCAAGUAUAGGGAAUUAUUGGAAAGACAUUAAAACAACAAAGUCCUGCCUCUUUUGCUGUUUAAGAGUACCGCAGCAUAUGCUUAGUUGCGGACACGCCAUAUGCGAUACAUGCGUACGUAUCUUUGGAGAUUUAGAUCAAGGAAAAGAGUAUAACUAUACCAUCGCGGCAUGUAUCCUCUGCGGCACGACACCUAAGCCAGGCGCUCUGAAAGUUAGGAUCAAGCCUCCAACAGCUGGCACAAGGGUACUAAGCAUUGAUGGUGGAGGAAUUAGAGGUGUUGUUCCAUUGGAGUGUCUUUUGUUGAUACAGAAGGCCUUGGGGACCUGUCGUCUACAAGACUUUUUUGACAUUUCUAUAGGAACAAGUUCUGGAGGGUUGAUUGCUUUAACGCUAUCUCUCUACAAUUGGAGCGUGCAUCAAUGCGAUCAAACCUUCAACGGUGUUUUUGAGCAAUUCUUUCGGAAAACACAGGAUACAUCGGGUUCUUUGAUACGCAGGUGGCGUAACCAUCUGCGAACCUGGAUUACGGACGGGCAGUACAACACAGCUAAUCUAGAAACGCAGUUUCAGCGCACAUUUGGAGCUACCAGGCGUCUAAGAGAUCCAGCAACCUCCGCCUACGCAGGUGCGAAAGUUGCCGUAACUGCUACAAAUAUAACAGACUGCUCAGCGUUCUUGUUCUCGAACUAUAACAGCAUGAAGAAUAUCGAUGAAAGCCCAUUUGUAUGGGAAGCUGCUAGAGCUACCUCUGCCGCUCCAAUUCUCUUCCAAGUUGCACAUUUAGACUUGUUUGGAACAUACCAAGACGGGGCCAUGAAAAACAACAACCCUAUCAUAUUAGGACUCUGCGAAAGUCAGCUCAUCUGGCCUGGUGAUUGUAAAGAAGACAUCGUUCUGUCUCUCGGAACCGGCACUGAGCAAGAUCAGUCUCCACAUGCGCCCCACUUCAGGCAUAUCUUAAAAGACGGCUUCAUUCCUCGAAUCGGCCGUUAUAUUCCCUCUUCAAUGGAUGGAGAGGUCACUUGGAACGCUGUUAUCAGCCGCUUGGACCCUGAAACGCGAAAGAGAUACUUCCGUUUCAACGUCCACCUUAAUGAACCAGCCGCCAUCGAUGAUACGUCCAUGAUGCCGAAACUGCGUGAGGCGGUGAAUACUCAGCCUCACAUAUCCCGCGACAUUCAGGAGUUUGUCUUUUCUCUCUUGAUAGCUUCCUUCUUCUUCGAGCUUGAUUGUGUUCCACAGUUUGACAAUGGCUUCUAUCGCUGCGAAGGAUCAAUCCGAUGCAGGAACGACAGCCCCAAGGUCCUUGAACUGCUUGCUAAGCUUUCGCCAAGAGGUUUGGAUUUUAUCAUCGACUCUACUGGUCUUGGGGACCUCGAAGGACCAGCUGAUAUAUGUACCCAAUGUUCAAGAUUCAGGAAGAGAGUCAUUUUCCACGUGAGGCACCCGACUGAGAUCGUCACCAUAUACGUACGCGUUGGGCACGACCAUCGUUACGCAAUCGGCGGUUUUCCUCACAGCAUGCAAUGGUUAGUUCAACAGCAGUACCUUGAUUCUGUAUUUGGGCUUCCAGAUCAUAGAAGCUCAAAUGUCGGCGACUGUGAGCGGUGUAGGGCAUGGGAGCUGCCAAUGAAGCGAAAUUAUGUUUCAAAGUCAUCGCAGUUAGUAUGUAAACGUCUUCGCAUAUCGUGA